CUUUUUUUUUAAACUUUCAUUUCAAAUAUUUAUAUAAAUUUUAUCUCCAAAUUUUUUGGUGCUGUUAGAUUGCCAAACCUUACAAAGUUAAAUUAAAAUAUGUGCCAAUCACGUCAUUUAAUUUAUUUAACAACUUUAAAAGACAAUGAGGUCAUUUGCCACGAACUGUUAUUAGUUAAAGGUUUCGUUGAAAAGAUAUGUCACUGUAAUAUUAUUACACUUCAAGAUAUUAAAAAAAAUAAAAUAUAUCAAUACACGUUAGUGAAAAAUUGCAAUAAUUUCAAAUUUUUAAUACAACUGGAAUGUGGUCAAAAUCAAUAUAUAAUAAAUUAUUGCAGUGCGUCUCAGAGAUUAAAUUUAUUUUUUGAACCAUCUAAUUCGAUUUAUCACAUUCAACCUCUCUACAUUAUUCAUCAAAACCACGACGGACAUUUUCAAACUGAAGAUGAAAAACCUAAUAGCCCAGUAGAGGCUUGUAAAAUUAUUGAACUCAACCUAAAGAUUGUGCAAUGUCUUUUUGCAGAAAAAUUGCUUGAAAGUGGUUUAACAAAUAACUUAAGAAAAACUUUUUCAUUAAAGUCAAAGUGUCUGAUAUUUCAUAGCAAGCAAUCAGUAGAAAAAGCUCUUGAGUCUGACGAGAAUACUCUGUGGAAUGAUUUAGCAUUUGAAAUAAUUAAUUCUAAUUUGGGAGAAGAUUCAAAAAUCAAGUUUGUGGCUUUUCUUGCUUGUACCCGUUACAACGGGAAAGACUUAAGUGGGGAUACUUCAUAUGAAAAUAUAAAAAAGAACACACGAGCAAAUCCAGCACUUGGUGGUGGAGGCUUGGCCUUGUUUGGGUCAGGAUAUUUUUAUUCUUGGCCAACAACCUUUGAAGAAAUUAUUGAUUGUUUUAAAAAUUAUAAAAAAAUUGAUUUAAGUACACAGUUAGAUGAAAGCAACUACAGGAGAACAUAUGGCGGCUGUUUUGCAACAACGCUGGGUGCAAUAGCUCAUGAAAUUGGGCAUUGCUUUGAUUUAGGACACACUAAAGAAGGAAUUAUGGGUAAUGGUUUUGACUAUGUAAAUCUUGCUUUCGUAAAUGAAGAUUUCACAGAAAAUUUGCCUGAUAGAAUAGUGCAAACUGAAAGUGUUAAAGAUCAAAGAUUAACUAAAAUCAAAAAAGGUGAAAAUAAAUUUUUGGAAAAUUAUCAUGAGCAAAAAGGCGGUGGUGAUUGUACAUAUUUCUCCAAGAACUGCAGUAUUAUAUUAGCACAUCAUAAGUGGUUUAAUUUACAAAACGAGUCAGAUGAAAAAAGUGAAAUUACUUUUAUGAAAAGUAUCAUAAAAUCUUCCAAAUUUAAUUUAGUUUUAAUUGAAAUUCGUGAGAAAGUCAACGGUUUAGUGAUUCAAUUUUAUGAGUUAUUGAAUAGGAAACACAAAGAAUUUGAAGUUCCUGAACACUUUACUAAAUUAGAAAGAUAUAACAUUUUUGUUAUAACAGAAAAUGGUGAUUUAAAACUGUUUGAGUGAAAU